AUAAAAAAAUAGAUAAUAUUAGGGUUUUUAAUUGAGGCUAAAUGAGGAAAGUGAUGCUGAAUGUUCCCACGGGGCCGUGAGGAAGUCUUAUCCCUGGAUUUCUGUCCACUCGCGUUAGCAUCAUCAUCAUCAUCAUCAUCAUGGACGUCCUGGCCAACUACAGCAUCUUCCAGGAGCUCCAGCUCGUCCACGACACCGGCUACUUCUCCGCCAUGCCGUCUCUGGAGGAAAACUGGCAGCAGACGUGUCUAGAGCUGGAGCGCUACCUUCAGACGGAACCCAAGCGACUGUCCGAGCUCUUCGAAGACGAACUGGACCGCCUGCUGUCUCCGGACUUCAUGGAAGGACACGGAGAGGACAAGUCGCUCAACCCGUCCCUCUUCAGCCUCGCAUCGUCCCCGCUACACCUCGACGGAGAGCCGCUGACCACGCCGUCCACCCCUGACCCUUCCGAACUCGGCAUGGGGGUCGACGUGGCCCAGUUGAACGCACUCACCUCACUGACCCCGCCCUCGUCCCCGGAACUUGAGCGGCAUUCUCUAAAGGCCGCGCACACUCUCUGCGCCACGGCCGACGGGACUCUGAUGCUGAAACUGGCCGUCGCGCGGCCGCUCUCACCCGGACCCAGCGACGGCGAGCAGGCGGGCGGCGUGACGGGAGGCCGGGACUCGGCCGACAGCAAGAAAAGAGUCCACCGUUGCCAGUUUGACGGCUGCAGGAAGGUGUACACCAAGAGCUCUCACCUCAAGGCACACCAGAGGACACACACAGGUGAGAAACCCUACAAGUGCUCAUGGGAAGGCUGCGAGUGGCGUUUUGCGCGCAGCGACGAGCUGACGAGACACUACCGCAAACACACCGGCGCCAAGCCAUUCAAGUGCGCGCACUGCGACAGGUGCUUCUCGCGGUCGGACCACCUGGCGCUCCACAUGAAAAGGCACGUCUGAGUAAAAGCGGGACGUCGGAGACGAGGCGUUUAGAGGAGAAACCGGAUACCAG